AUGGCGUUCUCCGCUCAACACAAGGUCUGCCUCCGCUUUGAGCCAAACAUCUUCAACAAGAGCCGUUGCCAACACUGUUUCCGGGUCAAGGACCAGCACGAUGUUUACAGUACUGGACAGAAACUAGUAAGAGUUUAGAUUGAUUAUGUGCUCUUUAGGGAUUACAGUCUUUUUCGUGUGUUAUGUGUAUUACACAUGACAUUCUCUGCUCUAUAUUUUUCUCUGAAAAUACUUUUCUUCAAGAAUCUACAAAUGACACUCUCAUGAUCACCCAAUUGCAAGUUUAUGCCUUCCGAAGCGUUCCGAUGCGAAUUUUAUUUGCAAGCUAAUGAUCGGAGGAUUUUAUCUUGCUGAAUACUUUAUUUAUCCCUCUGAUCGUCGAUUCCCUUCGAUGCCUUCUUUCUCUUUCCUUUCAAUGUUCGAACCAUCACUUCCAGCGCAGUGACCUACAGAAAUAAUACAAUUCAUACUUUCAGAUGACUCGAAAAACUUUGGCAUGUGGCUUUCUAUACGUAGCUCCAUCCAGUUUGGACUUCUCUCAGCCGAACCAUUCGAAUAAGGUGGGUUUGUUACCUAAUUUUUGAGUUUUCGAUUUAGAGAUGGCAACGGCGAUGGUUCACAUUGUUUGACGAUGGAGAAUUCAGAUUUGCUCUGGAUGAGAAUGUGAGUGGGCUUAAUUUUACUUCUAAUAACUUUGUUAGUUGCUACUUAUAACUACUUUUAUGCGUUCAAAUAAUGUAUUCGGGUAAAGGGUUUUAUCUAUAUUUGUUUCAGCCAGACACAGUACCUCAACUUCGGAUGGACAUGAACUCGUGUAUCCGAGUGUGUUGUGCUGAUGCCAUUACCCAUCACUCUCACAGUCUGUUGAUCGCCUUCAACAACAAAAACGACGAAGAACAUCCAGCUGUUUGUUACAUAAAAGCGGACAAUACAGAAGAGAUACGAUGGUAAGAUGACCCACUUAUUUGAAUGUUGAAGAUAUCAGGUGUUAUCUAAUAAAAUAAUGUGUAUAAAGUUUAGUUAUACACAUGGUUAAAGUAUGUAAAGCUGAGUUAUAUGCGUAAUUUUCUAGCUGGGAGAACGUGUUGUUCACCUUUGCAAACCAGAAUGUCAUCGAGAUCAAACCUUGUUCAUCUACUCGGAAUGAAGUGUUCAAUCAAGAUACUGAUACCAGUGACAUGAUGUUGGUAUGUUUGUCAUAUGAUUACUUUAAAGUAAUAAUAAGGUAUUUAUUUAAAUUUUGAAUUUUAGGCAACUGAUUACUCCGACUUUGAGUAUGUAAAGGAUGCUCGGGAUGCUGAUCAUCAUAGUUUCACUAAUGACAUAACUGAACCUUCCCGUAUUGACAGCACUGAUAACAUUAAAGAGGUAGGUGUGAAUAGUGGUAUACCAUUUUAAUUUUUAUACUCAGAUUUAUAACUGUCACUCUUUAGCCUUUCAACAUAGACACGUCUACUGUUUACACCUUACGAAAGGGAUGGUUAACAUUGCGUGGAAAGUCAGAGAAACAGUACCAGAAGUACUGGGUGGUGCUAGCCGGUCUUUCUUUGAAGUUGUUUAAGUAAGUUCACUUCUUAAUUGUCCAUAACUUGUUGUAGUGAUGUCUGGGUUGAUGACAAUGCAGAGCCGGCUAUGACAAUCGACCUGUCGGAGUGUGAAAACGUCUAUCCAUCGACGAGAAACUAUGGAAUCGAAAUCAAAUGCAAGAGAGCACGAUACGUACUCUCGGCUAUGACUCCAGGAAUUCGAGAUUCAUGGAUCACAGCUCUACAACAGAACUUGCACAAUCCAUCUCCACACUAUCUUAAUACCAGCGAUUCGGCCGAUGCCGCUGAUUCUACGGAUGUCUUCUCGCUGAAUGUAUGUUUUUUAAUAAAAGUAAAAUAAGUUUAGUUUAGUAGGAAGCAGUGUAGAGUUAUAUCUGCUUAUAAACAUAAUCAACACUGUUUUAUGAAAUUCCUUAUUUUAAGCUUGUUAAUAAAGCCUGAAAUUAGAGUUUAACCUUGAUUUUGAAUUAAUUUUAAAACGCCUUUAGGGAUUGCAAAAGAAGCGAAAGCAUAUUGCAUACGUUGCACCUGAGUCCCACCACAGUAAUUCGGUAAUGGACGGUGAGAUCUCGUCGUCCACUGAAGAGAACGACGAAGAUCGAGGGUUCCGGUCGGAGUCGCCUUAUCGACAAGAUCAGCCACAGGACAGGUUUGUACUCAAUAAUUUGUCGUUAAAGGUAGUUUAAAAUGGUAUUAUUGUUGAUUUUUCGUGGUCUUUAAAGGAUCUAUUUGUUAUACUUAACUUUUUUAUGAGCCUAAAGCUGUUUUUAAUAUCAUUUUGUAAAAUGUGAAUACUUAUGGGUUUUUUGAUGAAAUUUUUCAAUUUCAGUAGACUGUCCGACCUCAUAAGUUCUACGGUGGAUGUGGCGAGCCCGGCGGGGUUGUUUUCGUCGUCGCCGUCGUCGAGAGUGUUCGACGCGGACUUUCCCUUAGGCGACUCGGUGCCCGUUCAGCGGUAGGUCAAAGAGUUUCGCGACGGAAUUAUUCGAAAUUUGAAUGUCUUUGAACAUUUGUCUUUCAGCCCGCAAUCUGUUUCUCUGGCGGACACUUCAGCCUUGACUAGAAGUGUCAACGACCAGCUCAACAUUCUCCGAGAGCAGCUCGCCCACACCAUCGAUCGUCUGAACGAAGUCGAAAACGAGAAUGCCACGCUCCGAGUGCUAUAUUCGACACCCGAUGUGAGUUUCCACCUUUGUUUCCAACUGUUUUCAGUCAUCUUGACAACUUUAGAUUGUGUAAUUGGUUGUUUAGGUAAACCGGGCCAAGGAUUCCAAAAACAUGGACUUGAUGCGGUUUCACAUCAACGACAGUGUUAACGGUGCGCAAUCAUAGUAAGUGUCACUUGUUUAUAAAGUAUUGUGUAUAAUCGGUUUUAUAAAAUUUUUAUUUAAAAUUUUGUUACUGCAAUUUCUUUUAUACCCACAAUUCAGAAGUCAUAUAAUAUUGUGUUUGUUUCAGUCCAUUAGAACUCAGUAAACGGUUGGUAUCUUUGCUCAAAGUACAAGUUGGAGCCUUGUCAAAGAUACUCCACUCUACUCAGAAUGUCACUAGCUUUAUGUAUUUACGGAAAUACGUCGACGGGUUGAUAAGGGCCGUAGCUGGCAUUGACGAGAACAUUAUUCAGGACUUGAACAUGAUGGAGAAGACUUUCGAAGGUGUUAUAUCAGCAUAUGAUAAGGUAAGAGAGGUAUUAUGACGGUACAAAUGACAUUUUAUCCAAAUUAUGUGAAGAACUGCAUUAAGUUUGAUGUUUGUUAACUCUUGACAUUGUAGUUCGUAUUUUGUUACAGGAAUGUAAUUUAUUGUGUUUUAGUUGAGUUCUGUAAUUGGAGCUGCGAGUUCAGCGGAAUCUGACCAAGGAAGUACUGACCGACAAUACAAACGGGAGAUUCAGAUGCUCCAGAAUGAGAUAGAAGAUGCUCAGGUAGGUACUUUAGAUAUUAAGAUCAAUGUUUCUUACAAAUGUUUUAAAACGAGAGUAACUUACUGGGUUAAAAAAUUGAUGAUUUUAUUAUUUUUUAGGCUGAACACGAAGAGAGACUCAGUUAUCAAUUGUCCGAGUUCGAAAAACACACACGAUACCUAAAAGACCAGAUUCAGAACUUGACGGUAGAAAACGAAGAACUACGAAGUCAUCCGACCUCCUCGACCAACUUUGAUGAACAAUUAGAGAGGAUCAAGACUUCUUACGAGAAGGUGAUAAAAGGUCUGAAGUCAGAGCACGAAGAGAACAUAAAACGACUAGAACAACAUCGAGUUGACGAGUUAGAAGAGGAGAAACAGGCCACGAAGAUAGCAUUGGAUGUUGUCCAGAGGGUGCACGACGAAGAGAUCAGAAGACUCAAAGAAGAGCAGUCUCGCAACAAAUGUUGCUGCAAUGACGAAGAAGCAUCGUGCAAGAGCAUGAUAGCUGCUUUGAAGGAAGAAAUUGACCAUUUGAAGAAUCUGUACUCCUUGAAGUGUUUUGAGAACAACGAAUUGGAGGGCAAGCUCAUCGAAAGCAAAGGAAAUCAGUUGAUUAUCAAGUAAGUCGUGGCCGAUUAUUGUAUUUAUUAUAACGAAGUUGUGGUUUAUUUGGGUAUAGCAUUAUUUUCACAUAGAUUAUUCUUUUUUUGAUGUGAUAACGUUAGUAAUGAUUGAGUUUUUUUGCAGAGAGCUAACGUUUGAAAACGAUUUCCUGAAGAAUGAGCUGAGAUUAAGAGACCAGAAGUUGAGAAACUCGAAGGAAAAUGAGUUCCCACUGGAACAGGCUCCACUUGUGGUACCAAAGAGAACCGCUAGUCUAUCUACAAGCUCGCUAAACAAGCCAGAGUCUCAACCUCGACGGGAAGAGAAGCCACAGACUACAGAAGAAGUUGUCUUCCGACCGAUACGCAAAGUCAAUCUCAACAGACGUCAUGGUAAGGCUGCUUUCUUGUACAAUAUUAAACAUUCUUCUUUUUACAAUAGAUAGAUAUUACACUAGUGCCAAUCCUUAAUGCAUUCUUUUUCAGAUGUACGCUACUUUAGUAACCCUAUCAUCCCUAUCUGCGCGGAGAUCGCGGCGGAUUCGAUGCAACAGAGCAAGAAGUUGCCGGAGAACCUGGUCAGCGAGGUCCGCCGUUCCUUAGCCGUGCCCGUCAGCGAACGACGCAAGUUCUUCGAACGUGUAGCUGAAUACAACGGAUCUUUCUAA